CGAAAUAGAUCAGUAAGCGCGAAAAUCAAACCUCUCUCUCUCUCUCUCUCUCUCUCUCUCUCUCUCGCUCUCGCUCUCAGUCUCAGUCUCUCACCCUGUCCUCAGUCUUCUGUUGUUUGUUGUCUCCCUGUAACUUGAAUUUUACGGCUACUCACUGGUGUUUCAUCGUCGUCUUACUUAGCAGAUGAUUUCAGCCCAUUUGCUUCAGCGACGCCGUGGUGUCUCAAAUGUCUAGGGUUAUCUCCUUUGUUUCUUCGCGACAUUGGUAGCUCGAAUUGAGGAAUUACGUUCAAGGGUUGUAAUCCUGGCCCGGACACUAUGUUGGACGUGCUGUGCUUUGCGGCGAACCGUCUUCACUCUUUUUUGUGAAUUAUGAUAUGAUGAUAGGAUAGACUUGGUGCUACUCAAGAGUGCUGAAGAUGAGGACGCACCCACAAAUGAAAGCAAAAGGACCCACCAAGGUUAAUGCGCAACAGGUGAUUUUUGAGCUUAAACAGAGAGUGGUUCUCGCACUGAAUAAGCUUGCAGACCGAGAUACUUACCAGAUUGGAGUUGAGGAGCUUGAGAAAACAGUAGAAUGUUUGGCCCCAGAAGGAAUUGCCCCAUUUCUUUCUUGCAUACUUGAUAUGGAUUCAGAGCAAAAGAGUGCUGUCCGAAGGGAAUGUAUCAGACUGAUGGGCAUAUUGGCGACUUUCCAUGAAGGCCUUGUUGGCCCGCACCUUGGCAAAAUGGCUGCUAGCAUUGUGAAGCGUCUCAAGGACCCUGAUUCUGUUGUCAGGGAUGCUUGUGUAGAAACUGCUGGUGUUUUGGCCUUGAAGUUGGGCAACAGUGGGGCUGGAAUUGAUGGGGCUUUUGUCGUGCUUGUAAGGCCUCUUUUUGAAGCCUUGGGUGAACAGAAUAAGCAGGUGCAAUUUGGUUCUGCUUUGUGUUUAGCAAAGGUCAUUGACAAUACGAGUGAACCUCCGGUCUCAAUACUGCAGCGGAUGUUGACACGGACCUUCAAGUUGCUCAAGAAUCCACAUUUUAAGGCAAAACCUGCAGUUAUUGAGUUGAAUAGGAGUAUUAUUCAGGCAGGUGGCGCUCGAACACAAAAUGUUCUCUCUGCUGCAAUAUCUAGCAUCCAAGAAGCUCUGAAAAACAGUGACUGGACAACACGCAAAGCUGCUUCUGUAGCAUUGGGGGAAAUUGCUUCAAAUGGUGGAACCUUCCUGGGGUCGUAUCAGGCUUCUUGCAUUCAUUCCCUUGAAUCAUGUCGUUUUGACAAGGUCAAACCAGUCAGGGACACGGUACAGCGGGCCCUACAAUACUGGAGAAGUCUACCAGGAUGUGAUACUUCUGAACCAUCAGAAGCUGGAUCUUCUAUCAAAGAAAAUUUCUGUGGAGGUGAUAGCAGUGAUAUUACCUCUGUGACUAGUGACUCUCAAUGGAAGGAUAUUGCAUACAGGAAAGAGAAAAGGGUUCCUCUUUCUCUUAGAAAUGUACGUCAGAAUUAUGUGGAAAACCAUCAACAGAGUCGAGCAAAUGAUUGGCGUAUUGAAGUAGCAGUUCCAGAAAUUCAUAAUGUUUCUUUAGCUGACGUUCAUAAUGAAGAAUCUGUGGGUAGUUCUGUUACUAAAACUUUAGAAAGAACGAGUGUUGACAUUUCUAGCACACAAGAUAUUGGAUUUGAAUACUUGCCUAUGGAUGACAAACAAGAAUGUUCUUCUGUGUCUAAUCUAGUUGCUGAUAACUUUGAGGCUAAGUCUGUGACAGUUUCUCAUGAUUGUCUUGAAGAGGGUAGUACAGUGAAGCCUACGGGAACAAAUCAAUGCUUUGCAGAUGAAGAGAUUAGUAGUGAAGGAAAAACAUCCUCAGCAAAGACAAGAGAUGGUAGAUGUCUUGAUUCUGCUGUGACAGAGUCAAGUUGUCGAGCCAUGCAUGGGUGCUGUUUGCAAACAGCAAAUGAUAUGGCUUCCAUUCGAAAGCAGCUUUUGGAGAUUGAAAACAAACAGUCAAACUUAAUGGAACUUUUAAAGGUGUUUACCACCAGUACAAUGGGAAGCUUGUCUAUGAUACAGGAAAAGGUUUUGGGUCUAGAAAAUGUGGUAGAGAAACUAGCACAGGAACUUUUCCAUGGUGGUGCGGAUUUGGAAUUCGCAAGUGUCAGAAAUUUCAGGAAGAACCAAAGUGCUGCUUCUCCUAGACUCUCUUCAUGUACUCCUAGGCCAUCUGUGGAAAUACGCCACAGGCAGUCUUCAUUAUUGUCAGUAAAAAAUUCAGAAAUCUGGGAGGAAAGAGCAUUUGGUAGGAGAAGCAGAUCAAAUGCUUCUACAAAGCAAGGGAUAGAGAUGUGGAUGGAUCCUACAAUAAAGAUAUCUAGAAAUAAUUUGUCGGCCAUCCAAAAUAGUUCUGGGCAGGGCAUUCAGAACACUGGUUGUCGUCAAACAAGGAAAACUGAUGCUGUCUUUGCCUCAAGUCUUCCUGCAAAUUCAAGAAAAAAUAGCCUGUGGAAUCGUGUCAAAGGUUUUCUGUGUGAUGGCGACAUCAACUCUGCAUAUGUGGAAGCUCUUUGUUCAGGUGAUGAACUCACUUUGAUUGAGCUCCUUGAUAGAACUGGUCCUGUUCUGGAAAGCUUGUCACACAAGACAGUUGGUGAGGUUCUCAGCACACUGGCAUCAUGUCUUCUGGAACGAAGAUUUAUGAACUCCAUAAUACCUUGGUUGCAACAGCUGGUGGACUUGAGCACCAUCCAUGGACCGAAUUACCUGGUUCUUUCUGUAAAAGCAAGGCGAGAAUUCUUAUCAGCUACUCAGCAAGCUGUAAACAUGAAAUUUUCCAAUCAUGCAGAACGAAGUUGCGUCACUCAGCUAGCAACUAAACUGCGCCAGAUCUGGGGUUCUUGACAGUGAAAUUUUCUGUAGGAAAAUGCUCCUGAUCAUCAGGCUAGUAUAAAGAAUGUGAUCCAGUGGGAAGGAUGGCAGAUUCAGCAUAGAGGUUCAUGUUAGAAUGAUUGAAUCUUCAAUUGUUUUUUGCCCCCUUCCCUGCAUGUUGUUGUCUAUGACUUAAAAGAAUUGAAUUUCUACUUUGGGACUGAUUGCUGUAACCCCAUCUCAAACAUUCCAAGUAAGCUUGCUUUCUAGCCUGCUUCUUGUUGUAGUUGUUGAUCCCCUGACCUUAGUUGUUGCCAAUAAAUUACCAAGUACUGUCAUGUAAUCUGCAAUCAAUUUUCCACUCCUUGAAAUUGGCAUUUUUUCUUUGGUGCGUAAAGCAUAUUUUUGAUUCUCUAUUUGCAAGCAGAUGGGC